AGACGUUGUCCUUACAAACAGCAGACCGGCAGACCGUGCGAAACCAAAUCGGCUGUCCGUGAUGGCGGCGAUGAAGCGCCCAAAACCCAAUCCAACACCGUUGACGAACGUGGAUCUGGAACGAGCAAGUGCAAUGCUGCAGGGUGCAAUGAGCGUAGAAGAUGCAAAGAGUUUGGAGACAUUGCGAGGAUUGAGCGACAUAAAUUGUGAGGAAGGGAAGAAAGUGAUAGACGACCUAGAAUCUCGACAUGGGCCAGCUUUCUGGCAAAACGGAAUGGAAAACCUCACGGAUGAUGAAUUUACGGCCAAAGUGGUUGCUGGCGGACGUGCACAUGCAUUGAGACUGGUGGGAAAAACGUGGCGGGCGCACGUGUACAAACAACACCGCCUGCAAGUUGCUUACAUCCAAGAGUAUUUCCUUGUGAGGGCAAAUGUGGUGAAAGCAGAGCUGUGCCAAUUGCAGCAACUGUUUGGUAGCUCUGACGCAGCUGCUCUGCCGCGUGGUGAUGGGCAACUUACCCCAUGGCAGAUUUUUUUCUCACACAUUUGGAGGCAGGCUGCGGUGCAAGUGGUUGAUUUGGCCGGUGGGCCUGGAUGCUGUGCUGCCGGCGCCUGCAGCUUCUUCCACGAGUGGCUCGGGGUCAACAAGGAGUCCAGCAAGGCGAGAAAGAUCGAGGCGACCAUCUUGGAUCCUGUCAGUGAAUGGGCUUGGUGCAGCGAAAAAUUGGGAUUCAACUUUCGGCGUUCCGCAUCUAUGUCGGACAUGAUAUUGGAAGACUGCACCUUCUCUGCAGACGUUGUUUUAAUCGGUUGGGCCAUGAACUUUGCAUCCAAACUGUUUUGGCAACGUCUCCGGGAAGCUUUCCGGCAACGCGUAGCCGCACUGCCCAGCUGCAACCCUUACGCGCUUGUCUUGGUGGUUGACCGCAACCCGCACGCCUUGCACUUCAGGGAUCGGCGAGAAGAAGUCCUGCAGAAAGCUGAGGUGAUCCAGAGGGAUCAUGGGAAAAACGUGACCUACGCCUUCCUGCUGGGCAGCGAAGCGGGCAGUGGCUCCAGCGACUUUGGCGACGCGCCAGAGGAGUGAGAAAAA